GUGCUGAAGGUGGCCAUUCUGGCGGAGAAGUACGCGGUGGAUUACACUUGGUACGUGGACGUGAUACUGAAUCUGAUCCGUAUCUCCGGGGAUUACGUCAGCGAGGAGGUGUGGUACCGAGUCAUACAGAUUGUGAUAAAUAGGGAUGAUGUACAAGGGUAUGCUGCAAAGACUGUGUUCGAGGCACUGCAGGCCCCAGCUUGUCAUGAGAAUAUGGUCAAAGUAGGAGGAUACAUACUAGGGGAGUUUGGAAAUCUUAUUGCAGGGGAUCCUAGAUCUAGUCCACUUGUCCAGUUCCAGCUGUUACAUUCUAAGUACCACCUGUGUGGCCCCGCCACCCGCGGAUUACUCCUGUCUACAUACAUCAAGUUUGUCAACCUGUUUCCUGAGAUUAAAUCAACCAUUCAAGAUGUUUUAAAAAGUGACAAUAAUCUUCGUAAUUCAGAUGUUGAAUUACAACAGAGAAGUGUGGAGUAUCUACAGUUAAGCACGGUCGCAUCAACUGAUGUUUUGGCAACAGUUUUGGAAGAAAUGCCACCCUUCCCAGAGAGAGAAUCAUCAAUUUUAGCUAAAUUGAAAAAGAAGAAACCAACGGUGACAGAACAAACAGAGAACAAGGAACCAAAACAACCAAUGCCACAAGCUCAGAUGAGCAACAGUGUCAACACCCACGCCACCCCCACACCCCCUCCUCUAUCUACAGUGUCCAAUCCCAGCAUGGCCUCAGACGACCUACUCGGGCUGAAUUCCCCUGCCCCCACUCAGACCGGCCCCUCAGCGGGAAGUUUCCUGGUGGACGUUUUCGACACGGUGGGGUCAGGGCCAUCUACCAAUGGAGUGGAUGAGAAUGGUCUGACAGUUGGAGCUGAAGAAAGCUUUAAAAAGUUUAUUUGUAAAAAUAAUGGAGUAUUAUUUGAAAACGACCUUCUACAAAUUGGAGUGAAGUCAGAAUACCGCCAGAACCUUGGGAGGCUAGGGAUAUUCUACGGCAACAAAACCUCGUUCCAGUUCAGUGGGUUCAGUGUAGACACACAAUGUCCAGGAGAACUCGGAUCUCAGAUCACAUGUACACAAAAGCCUGUAGAUACCACGAUAGACAGCGGAGCUCAAGUCCAACAGGUUAUCAAUAUUGAGUGUAUCACUGAGUUUGCCGAGGCUCCCAUUCUAGCUAUCUCUUUCACGUGUAAUGGUAACUCUCAGAGAUUGAAACUAAAGCUUCCAGUAAUGUGUAGCAAAUUUUCGGAACCAGUUGAAAUGGAUUCUGGCACAUUUUUCUCCAGAUGGAAGGCCCUUUCACAGCCUAAUCAAGAAUGUCAGAAAGUUUUUAAGGCCAAAUUUCCAAUAGACACUGAACAGAACAAGACAAAAAUUUUGGGAUUUGGAGUGAGUGUCUUGGAAGGAAUCGACCCUAACCCAGAAAACUAUGUAGCUGCUGGUAUUAUUCACGCCAGGUCAGCCCAGAUUGGCUGUCUCAUCCGAUUAGAACCAAAUAAAGCUGCCCAGAUGUAUAGAUUAACAAUACGUGCCAGCAAGCCGCCAGUACCAAAUAUCCUAGCCGAUUUAUUGGAACAUCAAUUCUAGUGCGCACUCAAGAGAGCAGAACGUGAUAGACAGUGGAUUGUAUAAAGGGAGAUAAUCUGUACAGAAGAGAGAGAAGACCGACAUGACUAGACCGUUGUAAUUAGCUUGUGUCCCGUGUUUGAUACUGUGCUAGAGUAGAGAUAAUAAUAAGGAUCUUCUUUCUCGUGAUGUCUUGUGUAAAGUUUGUAUGAUCAGGAAAAAGUAUCAUGGGUUGUGUGUUUUAACUUUUAAAUUCCUAAAUUAAUACAUUCAAAGCAUUAAAUGUCAGCUUUAGGGGGAAAAAAAUUUUGCAAUUGUAAAUGUCUUAUGUUUGUAAUAUAUGUAUAUUUUUUUGAUCUUUACAAAUUCCCAUAGACUCUCAACAUAAGUUUAGUUCAUGUAAUGCAUUACAUAUUGCUUGUUGUUGAUUGUUUUGGGCAUUGGAUCCUAGGAUGUGAUAAAAUGUCGUGGGUCUACCACGUUAACUGUUGAUCACUGUCAUAAUAUAGCAUAAACUAUAUAGGGGGGAGAGUAGCCAUGGAAAAUGCAGCAAAGUAUAAAAGGUGGAUACUAGUUAAACAAAGUGCUUCAAUUUUUAUAGAUAACUAUUGCCAUUAUCACAAUGUCCAAGGUAUUAUACAUUCCAUUUAACAUGCAGAUAUUUACCUAAAUUAUUAAGGAAACCUCUUUUUAGGAGAUAUUUGUGUGAAGAGUAUAUGUUUAAAACACUUACGGUGCAUUCUGCUAUGAUGAGCUAUGUUUAUGAGUUCUCCAUGUAGUUUAGUACAGUUUGUCAAAGGUUUAUGAAUAUUCAGAAGUUUGGAUAUGGAGUAUGAGCAUGUUCAUGUACAUGUGUGUGUUGCUGGUUUUUACAAUUAAAAGUUUGACUCUCUUUUUAUGUAAACAAUUUAGAAAUGACAAGUUCUGAAAGAAAAGCAUAAUGAUUGUUGAAGAGUUAUCUUUAUUAAGAAUAAAUUCAAACCAAGUAAAUGUUAUUUUUCAGAAACAUAAUUCCUUUUUUAUAGUUGCAGUUUUCUAGAUUUUCUGAAGAAUUUAAGCAAAAAUGUACAAUGUAUUUCCCAUGUAUGAUAAUGAAUACUCAGUGUAUGAAUGGUAAAUUUCACAAUCCAUAACCAACAAUCAUUAAUGAGUAAGUAAUUAGUACAUGAUUAUUGUAGGAUAUUUGUUGUUGGAAUUGUAAUUGAAGGCUUUUUCAUGGUGCAUUGAUUAUCAUAGUUAAUGAAAGAAGAGGAAACCACGUGUACAUACAUACAUGUAAAUAUCCACAUUAAAACCCUUUAUAUUUAGAAAACAUUAUAAAAGGGUGCAUUUAAUGGAUAAUAAAAGGAAGCAUACAAAUAUCAUAAGUAAAGAUAGAACUGGAUGCCAGUGACAAGAAAUCAAGACCAUUGGAUAAAAUUGCAUAAUUAUUAAAACUUUUGAUAUACUGUAAAAGUUCUUUUUUCCAUGUGGUAUUAAUUUACACUAUUUACACGGUCACAAAUUUUCUGCAGAAGCUUGUCCAGGCGUUCUUAAUAUAAAUGUAAGACAUAUAUUGACAAUCUAGGAAAUCCGCGUAAUUUUCUACACACGGAUCAAGCAGAAAUUGAGAUUCCGCGGAAUUAUGACCCCAUGGAAAAAAGUAUGUCUACAGUAAUUAUAUAUCCUGAUCAAAAUAUGAAUUGAUUGUAUUUUUAAUACAGAAUAGUAAAAGGUUAUAAAAAGCUGUCAGUUAAUCAGAUAAAAUGAGAGCAAGUUGCAUGAAUUACAUAAUGUAUAUCCAAAUGUGAUGUUAGGUACCAUUACAUAGAAGAUUGUAUACAAAAAAAGUCAUGUGCAAUAAACAGUAGAAUGCUUGUAACUUAAAAGGUAUUAUAUUUCCUGGGAAGAGAAUUAUCUUCUUCAUCAAAGUUGUAAGUGAUAGAUGCUAGAUUUGUAUUAAAAAUGCAGAAAUAAGUUGAUCUAUUGUUUACGAAGCUCUGCAUAGAGUAAGUUGUGUUCGGAAUCUGAGUUGGUCACAUGAUUUUCAAGUCAUGUGACAGAUGUGAUUGAAAGUUGACAGCUUUUGACUUAUUGAUGAAAUAGUUGAUGGGGAAUUAUUUAUCAAUAGACCUCCCUAUGUGUAUAUUGUAUAUUUAUAUAUAUCAUGAUGAUAAUAUCAACAUCAUAAUAAAUAAUUCAUUAAAGUGGUUAAAUAAAAA